AUGUCUUCUCUCCAGGGCUUUACAAAGCCUGCAACAGCCCGUUUAUGGCACGAAAUUUCCGCACACAACUGCGUUCUUGGUCGCCUAGCAACGGUCUUGGCGCGUUUGCUUAUGGGCAAACAUAAGCCAAUUUAUCAUCCGGCGGCGGAUGUUGGUGAUUAUGUUGUUGUUACACAUUGUGGAUUAUUACGGUUGGAUGAGAAUAAGUUGAAUCGUGUAUAUAUGAGACAUACAGGGCGACCGGGAGGAUUAAAGAAGUGGACGAUGCGGGAGUGGAUGGAGCGUAAAGGUGGAAGUGCAGUGAUACGGCACGCAGUAGCAGGAAUGUUACCGAAAAACAGGCUCCGUGAGCGGCGUCUUGAGCGGCUUAAGUGUUUUGAAGGAGCGGUACAUCCAUACCGCAAAAAUAUACAGCGACUGUGGGAAACAAGUGGGCAAUGGACAUCUGUUUUUCAUGAGUAA